GGAGCCAUCUUGUGCCCGGGCGCCCUGCCGUCCCGCGGCCGCCGGAGGAGGGAGCUGAGGAGGCCGCUGCCCGCCGCAGCCGGAGCCGCAGCCGGGGGAGCUGGAGCGGGAGGCGGCCUGCGCCCGGAGCGGCCUAACAGGGCUGUGGCGACGAUAAAAGGAAGGAGAAGAGAAAAAUGGAAGCCACUUUGGCAGCCACUUUAUGCGGGGGCAUAAAUGAAGGGGGUGAAAAUAAGUAAAUCGAUAAGGGAUAUUUCGUUGGAUUCUUUUGCAAGAGGGUUCCCGCUGGUCCAGAAAGAGCCUGUGGAUGAGGGGCAUGUUUCAGCUAUCUUUCAACAAACAUGAGAAGGAGGAACGCACAACAUAAAUACAGGAUGUGGUUUCCAGACAACUGAAGUGUGAAGCAAACCUCAUGAAUAUCAACCACAGAGACCCAGAGAACAUCACUGGUGUCUGCCCUGAAGAUGACCUUCCUGAAGCUGAGCUGGUGAGCAUGCUAGAAGAGCAGCUACCUCGGUACAAGUUACGAGUGGACUCUUUAUACCUCUCUGAAAAUGAAGACUGGAUCCAGUCUCCAAGUCGCCUCCCUGAAAUCACAUCUCCAGUCCUUGCCGAGGAGACCUUCCGUUACAUGACUCUUCUUGAACUUCCUCCUUCUUCCUUGGCUGGAUCUCCCAAAUAUCCACAAGUUCUUGGCACAGACAGCCGAGAGCAGGUGGUGAAGAACUGCAGCGAUGCUGAACUGGUCACUCAUCUGCUGGCUGAGAGAGAUCGGGACCUGGAGUUGGCAGCACGAAUCGGACAAGCCCUCCUUAAGCGGAACCGUAUCCUAAUGGAGCAAAAUGAAGCUCUUGAAGAGCAGUUGGGCCAAACUUUUGACAAGGUUCACCAGCUGCAGCAUGAGCUGACCAAGAAAGACGAACUGCUCCGGGUCGUGUCCAUUGCUUCUGAAGAGAGCGAGACUGACUCCAGCUGCUCCACCCCCCUUCGCUUCAAUGAAUCCUUCCACUUGUCUCAGGGGCUCUGGCAGCUGGACGUGUUGCAGGACAGACUCAGGGAAAUGGAGGAGGAGAACCUGGCUCUUCGAACCAAGGCCUGCCAUUUGAAGACUGAAACCAUGAGCUAUGAAGAGAAGGAACAGCAGUUGGUCAGUGACUGUGUCAAAGAGAUCCGGGAAACAAAUGCUCAGAUUGUCAGAAUGAGCGAGGAGCUGACGGGAAAGAACGAGGAGCUGCUUCAUUACCAGGAGGAGAUCUCCUCCCUCUUGGCCCAAAUUGUGGAUCUUCAGCAUAAGAUCAAAGAGCACGUCAUUGAAAAGGAAGAGCUGAAGCUUCACCUGCAGGCCUCCAAAGAGGCACAGAGGCAGCUGACCGCAGAGCUGCAUGAGUUACAGGAGCGGAACACAGAGUGUCUGGGGAUAUUGCACGAAUCGCAAGAAGAAGUGAAGAGACUGCGCAGCAGAUCCAGCCCUGCUGUUCUUCUCUGCCACCCACAGUCAUGCGGAGCAUUUCCUGGGGAAUCUUUGGCAGCAGAGAUCGAAGGCACGAUGCGGAAAGAGCUGAGUCUGGAUGAGGAAUCAGUCUCAGAACAGAAGGUUCAGCAGCAACGUGUGUUUGAUACCGUCAGAGUCGCUAACGAUACACGUGGCCGUCCUGCCCCGCUACCCAUUCCAGGAUCAAACCGUUCCAGUGUUGUCAUGACAUCGAAGCCCUUCCACUCUGGCUUGCAGCAUGCAGAAGGAAAGGCAGGCCCCACUCAGAGGAGCAACCCGGAGAGCGUUUCCAAUAUGGAUGAUCCACAGCCGCACCAGCCUGGUAUCCCUGGAGACGGUGACGUAGCCACUGCUCUGCACAGGCUCACCCUCCGUCGGCAGAACUACUUCAGCGAAAAGCAGUUCUUUGAAGAGGAAUGGGCGCGAAGGAUGCGUCUGCUGGCUGACCAGAAGGAGGAGGUUGCCUGCUGCAGCAGGCCGGCGGAGAGCUGCCUCUUGUUGGGCAGCAGUCCGGAACUCCCUGACUUCUACGGCUCCUCCUGCUGCAUUCGCAGCCUCCUCCCGGAGAAACUGCAGAUUGUCAAACCGCUAGAAGGCUCUCAGACCCUCUUCCACUGGCAGCAGCUGGCCCAGCCCAACCUGGGCACCAUUCUUGACCCUCGGCCUGGCGUUGUCACAAAAGGCUUCACGCCAUUGUCUCGAGACGAUUUCUGUCACCUGUCCGACUUGGAGGAAGAUGAGGAAGAACGGGAUGAAGGCAUCACCUUCCAAGUCCAGCAGUCUCCCUUGGAGGAAAGGAAGCCCGCAGAGCCAGAAUCAGUGGCAGGAAUCUUCCUGCCAACUGUUAAGUUAGCAACGGCACCCCCUGCAGCUUCCAAUCCAGGGAAGUGUCUCUCAUCUACAAACUCUACGUUUACUUUUACUACCUGUAGAAUCCUCCACCCAUCUGAUAUCACACAAGUCACUCCUAGUGCUUCGUAUGGCCCCCAGUGCUCUGGAAGUAACUGCAGUACGAGCAGUACCGUUUCCGGCUCCCCAUCCAUGUCAUACCAGCUCAGUAUUGGAGAAUUCCUCACCAACAGAGGAGACUCAACCACCACUUUCAGCAGCACCACCAGUUUGGCUAAGCUUCUGCAAGAACAAGGCAUCUCAGCCAAGGCCUACAACAGCCCAGUCGUGGAGAAACUGCCUCUCCUUCAGUCCUUCAAGACGCUCGCUGUUCCCACCACGCCGCCAAAUUCUCCUUUGCACUCGCCUGGUCCUUCCCCUUUGCCAUUUGAGUCUCGAACAAACAUUUCUGAAAACUUUUUAGCCUCUCGGCCUGCUGAAACGUUACUGCAGGAGACGUACGGGCAGAAAUCCUCCAAUCCUCUCGACGUGGGGCAACUGAAGAUGAACCUGGUGGAGAGGCUGAAGAAGUUGGGUAUUGCCAGAGCUGUCAAACACCCUGAGGCAGGAGACAAUAGAAAGAGUCAAGGGGCAAAAACUGGCCUGCAAAGGCAGGACUCGCUUGUGUACCUCAGUGCAGGCAGCAAUCUAAUGGGCGGCCUAAGAAAAAACCACAGCCUUCCAGUCUUGAUCGGAGCCCUUGGAGGCCCUUUGGGCGUGUCCUCGUCUAAAAUGGGGGUCCUGGACGAGGACUGAGUCAGAGGUUUGGCGUGAGGGACUUUUCUCUGGAGAAGUGAUGCAUGAACUUUGAGAUGCAAGCCACGAUGGUUAAAGGGAUGUAGAUGAAGAGUUGCUGUGGGAUGACAGUGAAUUUUUAAAAGAGGAAAGGGUGGGUGGGAAACGCAGAGAGUCUUCAGGGAGUAUGGAAAAGAAGAGGACAAAGAGCAAACCGAAGGUCCAGCCUUGAGACCACUGAAAUCUCUCCUGCCCUUCUGUCUUGAACAAGAGGAGACAGCAGAAGUCCAUUCCACACUGUAGUAAACAGCUGCACAAGUUCAUUGGCUAAGUACGUGUGUUCAGGUUUUAUUGGAGAGGUCCUACCACUUAAAUGUAAUUUGAAAGAGAGGAACCAAAAUAGUCUUGUCAAAUACUGGAUCAGAAUGAGAGUGGCAAACCACUUUUCCGAGGGAGCAAAUCAGGAUUGUCAUCUUCAAUUUCUAAAUAAUCUGGACCUUCCUCUUAAAAAGCAAGGCGUUUCCAGUGUUGUGGAGAAAUUCUAUCCUAGAAUUCGGGAUUAUAGGGACAGCUCUCUUGUACGCACGGAACACUCAGGCAAAUAUUAACAAUGCAAAAGGGAAUAAAAUCCAGGUGCUUUAUUCAGGGUUUAUAUUUGACUUAAACAGGGAGUGCAGAUGUAGCGGACAAAGAUAGUGAGUGAGACAUUUGAGAUCCAGCUGUGUUUGGGAAAUGCUUGAAUUCAUAAAUUACUUAUGGUAAAAUAGUCCUGCAGUAAUCCCAGAGAUUUACAACACAACCUCAAGGUUAGUUCUGUGGAGUGAAUGACUAGUUGGGAACUAAGGUCUGGGAAGAUCUGCUUUAUAAAAAAAAUUGCCUGAUAAAUCGGGAUGUAUCUGUGUGUCCUCCCCCCCCCCCAAUUCCCAGAAAGCUUCAAUUGCGCGGCUUUCACAGAGGAGAUGCUUCAAGGGAUGUGUCUCUUCAGGCAGUACAGAGGAGAACUUCAGUUUACAGGGCAAAACGGCAGCUGUCUUGGAAGCUGCAGUAGCCGCAAGUACUGACAAGGCUAUAAGAGAAGUUUUCCUUGCCUGGAAAGAGGGUGGUCUGGAGCUCCUGAAUAAAUCGGCUAGAGGGCCUCAGAGCCUGUGCAGAUAUUUCGCAGAGGGGGAGUGGGUGGCGAUUUCGUCUCUCCAGAGGGCUUUGGGUGUGACAUGGAAGCCGGAGAGAGUGACGGGAAGCCCAAGUGAUUUCCGUCUUCUGUUUUCACACUUACCUUUCUGCUUGAAGUGGGAAUUUGCAAAGCAUAGACCCUACGCACAUCUGAGAAUGGCGUCUCUCGCUGGUGGAUGUGAAUACUUGAAUAUCAUGACCUGUUUGCAAUGAGUAUUGUGAUGGCUUUUGGGUUCGUGCUGAUGGUUAUCUAACGCGCACAGUCCAUUUGCCGUGGGCAAAUUCCAACCUAUGCAGGAGGGGAAAUUCUAUAGGGUUUGAAAAUUAAGCACAAACAGUAGUUGUGAGGCUUAGCAAGGGACCAUUCCAUGUAUGAGCUCCAGUUAUGGCAAGAUGUAUCCGAAAGAUGUAACUAGAUUACUCAGUAACAUGCAGUUACUCUGCACGUGGCUGCGCAUUGGCAACGUGACUUCACCACCAGUCCUCUUGGCAUUCUAGCUGGGGACUUAAACGGUUUUUGGAAAGCGUAAGAUUCUAAACCUGCCACACAGUUGCACAAAUAAAUGAUACAAAUAUAUUUAUUAUAAAUUACUAUAUACGGGUUAAUUCUAUUUUAAAUUAUAAGGAUAAUUUAGAAAUUUUGAAAGCUUCCAUUGUGUCUCUGUAUUGUAUAAAACCUUGCCACCUUCAAGAAAAUUAACUACGGGGAAUUUUGUUUACUUUUUUCUCCAUUAAACUUGGAAUCCAACACGUCCUGCUUUCCUUUUGCAGUACGAGGGAAAGGUCAGGUGGGGAAACACCAGCAUCUGCCCACGGCAGCCAGGAAUAUCUAGAGGAAGUGGGGGAAGCCCAGCGUUUCAUUCAACCCGCGUGAAACGGGCGUGUGCCGGAUUUUGCCAUGAUCAAAUGUCUGCUGCGUUCUUUUUAAAAAAAACACCCUGAAUGUUGGUUUCUAACCUGGGUUUGUUGUAGUUUCAUCUGCUUUUUAAUUAUCUGUAUUUAUCAUCAGCAAUCAGAAAUUGUAAAACAGACUUAUUUCUGCAUAUUCAUAUUCAUGUUAAAAUUCAUUUUAUAAGUAUACUCAGUAAAUGCAUGUUCAUAUGUUUGAA